AUGUCUGAUUGGACUGAUCCACUACACUAUUCUUCGGAAGAAAAAGAAGAGGAUGUUCGAAAGGGCAGGGACCUUGAUCAACACCCUUUCAAAGUGAAGGGCAUGACUGACGCUUCAAAAUUUGUCGAUCAACUUGACACCACCAACACAGCACACCAUGGUAAUAGAGCAGACUAUAUUUAUGGAGGAGGACAAGACAAUUACACCAGUCCAGAGGGUGACCAUGACAUUAAGGAACGCCUUCGCACACAUGUCUAUCGCAGUGUUGGAGAUGUGGGUCCAGUGAGUGACAAGCCACGACUCUCUACUUCCAAGGUGGAUAGUCAUCAAUCCAGCUAUCAAGAUGAUCUUUCAAAAUAA